CUCCAGCUCCGCAUCAUUACGUCUUGUUCGCUACCAUUGAUUCGGCCAUUUUCCCCACGCAUGUAAGAAAGCAGCCGGCCAUGAUCCCGAUAUCAAACAUCUUGUCAGUGGCGCUAAUCUUGCAAAUUUGCAGAAACUCUGGAAUCGAUAUGGAUCUGCUCCAGCUUGCUUGCAUUUGCGUUAUCGACCUCUGCGCCCUAUACCACCGCUACACCGACGGACACUGGUCGAGACCGGCACUCUCCUGUGUGGCAUUCACGCAUGUCGGUCUAUUGAUCCAUGUCUUGCUGGAAACGCUGAAACAACAUAUGAGGUGAUGACUUCACCAAUUCAUCGUCAAAAGCCAUCUCAAUGUGAAGGCCGGG